GCAGCUGGGUGUGGUGAGCAGGGACCUGGCAAAGCAGCCUUCGAUUGCUAUGCGGCUUUGGGCAAUUGGUGCCGUGCAUGGUCUCCAGCAAAGAAAGUGUGGUGCUGCAAGGAGAAGGGCAAAGGCUGCCAGUCUCCGGAUACGCCACCCCAGUGUGAUGCAGGUGCUGGCAAGGUAUGGAAGAAGGUUUUCAUCAAUGGCCACUGGUCUUGGGAGGCUCACAUGGCACAUGGUUCUGUUUCCGUGCAGAAGCCUUAUGAUUGCCACGCAGGCCUUCCUGGAUGGGAGCACGGCUGGUCUGGACCAAAGAAGACCUGGUGCUGCAGCCACGAGCAGCUUGGUUGCCCUGGCUAUGUGUAUCAUGGUGCCGGUGCUGGUGGGCACACUCAC